GCCGCCGCCAAGCGAGCGCGGGGAUCGGGCGGAGCGAGCAGGCCGCGGCCCCGCCCGCAGGCAGCGAGCGGGCCGACGGGGGCCUCCCGCCGCAGGUGAGAGCCCUUUGUGCGGGCCUCGGGCCGGCGGGAAGUUGCCCCCCGUGCGUCCGCGGGGCCUCGGGGCGGCCCAUGGGGGCGGCGGGCCGCGGGCGGGGCGGGCCCGGCGGUGGGCUCGGGCCGCGGGGAGCCCCGGGCGCGGAGCCGUUCGCCGCCCGCUGAGCCCGGCCUGGAAGCGCCUCCGUUCCGUCUGGGCGCUCCUUCCGAGGGAUGAGCGGGACCCGGAGCCGGUCCCGGUGAAGCAGGCAGAGGGGAAGCUUCACGAGUACCUCCCUGCCUUGGCUCUGUCAGAGGUCGAUGUGCUCGAUGCUGGAGCUUCAGGAGGAGGUUGGGACCGGCAGAACUGCCUCACUGGGGCAGAGCUGCUCCCUGCGCUGCAUCGCUCGCCCUGCCUGCGUGUGAGCGCGUCACAGCCGGCACAGAGAAGGGCCUCCUCUUGUCUUCAAGGCGCUUGCUUCUACCUGCCUGCCUUUUUUUUUCUUUGUCCGAGAAAAGGAAAGAGAAAAAGAAAAAGCCAAACGGAAAACCGGAACACGCAGUCUGCAAAGAACUCCUGCAGCUCCAAGGAGGAGCCCGUGGCAUCUCGGCCUCCUCGCUUCCCAGGAUCCUGGCCGUGGGCUGGGUUUCCUGUCCUCGAUUUCAGGAUCGGUGCGGGGAAUCAGAGCCUUGGAUGCUUUUGAUUUGUAUUUUUACUUGAACCUUUCUGACCGAGAAGCUGAAGCUGUCACUGCUAAAACCCUGUUUUUUUUUCCCAAGCAUGUCAGAAAGCUGGCAGCAGCAACAGCAGCAACCGCAGCAGCCGCCGCCGCCUCCGCAGCAGCACCACGCAGGGACCACCGCCCUCCCGGAGCACUCCAUCCCACCCAGCAGCGCCGACAACCCCCUGGGCUGUGCCGUCUACGGCAUCCUGCUGCAGCCGGACCCGGGCCUGCAGCACCACCAGCACGCCCCGCUGCAGGCUGGGGAGCCGUCCCACAAAUGCGGGGUGUGUGGCCACGACCUCACUCACCUCUCCAACCCCCAUGAGCACCAGUGCUUGCCGGGCCAUGACCGCUCUUUCCAGUGCACGCAGUGUCUGAAGAUCUUCCACCAGGCCACCGACCUGCUGGAGCACCAGUGCAUCCAGGUGGAGCAGAAGCCCUUCGUGUGCGGCGUGUGCAAGAUGGGCUUCUCCCUCCUAACCUCGCUGGCGCAGCACCACAACGUCCACAACGGCAACGCCAUGAAGUGCUCCAUCUGCGAGAAGACCUACAAGCCGCCCGAGGCCGAGCACCCGCAGCCCCUCGAUCCCUCGGAGAAGCCCUACAGCUGCUCCAUCUGUCAGAAGACCUUCAAGCACCUCUCGGAGCUGUCGCGGCACGAGCGCGUCCACACGGGCGAGAAGCCGUACAAGUGCACGCUGUGCGACAAGAGCUUCAGCCAGUCGUCCCACCUGGUGCACCACAAACGGACGCACAGCUCGGAGCGGCCCUACAAGUGCACGGUAUGCGAGAAGACCUUCAAGCACCGCUCGCACCUGGUGCGCCACAUGUACGCGCACUCGGGGGAGCACCUCUUCAAGUGCAACGUCUGCGAGCUGCACUUCAAAGAGUCGUCCGAGCUGCUGCAGCACCCCUGCACGCCCAGCGGCGAGCGGCCCUUCCGCUGCGGAGAGUGCCAGAAGGCCUUCAAGCGGCCCUCGGACCUGCGGCAGCACGAGCGCACGCACAGCGAGGAGCGGCCCUUCAAGUGCGACCUGUGCCAGAUGAGCUUCAAGCAGCAGUACGCGCUCAUGCGCCACCGCCGCACGCACAAGGCCGAGGAGCCCUUCAAGUGCAACCUGUGCGAGAAGGGCUUCGUGCAGCCCUCGCACCUGGUGUACCACCAGCACGUGCACGGCAUAGAGAACCUCUUCAAGUGCAACGUGUGCCAGAAGGGCUUCAACCAGUCCUCGGAGCUGCUGCGGCACAAGUGCGUGCAGAACGCCGAGCGGCCCUUCAAGUGCGCCGUGUGCAACAAGUCCUACAAGCGGGCCUCGGCGCUGCAGAAGCACCAGCUGGCCCACUGUGCCGAGAAGCCCCUCAAGUGCACGCUCUGCGAGAGACGUUUCUUCUCCUCCUCCGAGUUCGUGCAGCACCGCUGCGACCCGGCCCGCGAGAAGCCCCUCAAGUGCCCCGACUGUGAAAAGCGCUUCAAGUACGCCUCGGACCUGCAGCGCCACCGGCGCGUGCACACGGGCGAGAAGCCCUACAAGUGCCCCUCCUGCGAGAAGGCCUUCAAGCAGCGCGAGCACCUCAACAAGCACCACAGCGUGCACGCCCGCGAGCAGCAGUACAAGUGCAUGUGGUGCGGGGAGCGCUUCCUGGACUUGGGCCUGCUGCAGGAGCACAGCGUCCAGCACACGGCCGAGGGCGCCUACCAGGUGGCCGCCUGCUUGCCGUGAGCCUCCCGCCCCUGGUGGCUUUCAGCUUGCAUGUGACGCUCCCGGGCCUCGGCCUCCCCUUCCCUCUCCUCAGCUGGAGGCGGCCUCCAGGGAGUGCUGGGGGAAAGGGGAGGUCCGGCGGGCAGGGGGAAGCUUUCCUCUGGCCUCCGUCGUCUGCAACCCCCGUCGCACAGGGGUUGACGGACGGUGCGAAAGGCUCAGAGAGAGUGGAGAGGAGAGGAGGGAGGUGAGAGGUGAGAGGCAGCGAUGCCUGGAGCUGCCUGGUGUCCCCUGGACUGUGCUUCCCACCGUACCCACGCUGCAGUGCCGGGAGCUGGCAGGGCUCUGCUCGGCCGCCCUCUGCAUGCAGCCUCUUUUCCCCGUCCCACCCAGUGAUUCUUCUUGCAGAGAGUGCUUGGGAGCAAAGCACAGCGCUCCCUCUGGGUGUGGUGUGCUGCUCGCUGGGGACGUGGCAGGUUUCCGUGCUGGGCUCUCCCAGUGUCGUUAAUCCAAACUCAAACGAGUGACUCGAGGGGACCGUUACAGACCAUUAGCAUUUAUCGACUGCCCCGACCUCCCCUGCUCUCCCUCUUUCUAGAGCGUAGAAAGGGAAAAGCCGUGGGGCUGCACACCUCCAAAAUGCACUUUGGCAUUGCUGCUCCUGCAGUUGGUGGCUCUCACACUUGGGAGUAGUUCUGAGCGAGCCUGCCCAUCCCCAUCCCUGCUGGCAGUGAGGGAAGAGCACCGAGCACCACACUGCCGGGAGUGUGGCAAGGAGAGUCUCUGCUCCUGGUUGUGAGCGUGGCAUUGAGCAGCUGCCUCCGGGAGGACCUCGCUCUCCUGUGAAGACUUACCUCCAAGCCCAGGCUCCUUCCCUCCCUGCGCUGCGUGGGCUGUGAGCAUACCUCCAGGGUCGGGCACAGGGACGUCCCCGCAGCUUGAACACUAAGGGGUGAGGUGAACACUACGAAGAGCCUGCAGCCUCAGGAAUGGUCUCGGCCAUCUCUGGUGGUGACCCACGUGGUGCUUUGGGGUGUCUGAUUUGCUGGGGGAACCAGUUCUGUCCAGAUGAAGUUGGGAGGACCCUUCCUGCCCCGUGGGGUUGGCUCCAGGGAAAGGGGAAGGUUAGCGGUGGGUAAAGGAGAGGUUAUUUUUCCCCUCUGGCGGGAGUCCUGAUUUACCCCUUUACUCUUUCUUUACCUCUUCCGUUUUUUCAGGUUUUGCACAGUUCUUGUAAAGAUCACUUAAAAAUAAAUCUCCCCUAGCAAGGUU